UGGCUUCUGGAGAAAGAGAAGCGAUUGGAAAUAUGAAGAAGCCCAGCGUCCUAGUUGUAGGCGCUGGAAUAGGGGGUGUUGCCACGGCCGCUCGGCUUGCAAAAGCUGACCUAAAAGUCACUGUCGUUGAGAAGAACGACUUCACAGGCGGGAGAUGCUCCUUAAUACAUCGAGGUGGAUAUAGAUUUGAUCAAGGUCCCAGCCUACUGCUUCUUCCCCAUCUUUUUCACGAAACAUUUCGAGACCUAGGAACGAGCAUGGAAGCUGAAGGAAUCGAACUAGCGAAAUGUGAUCCCAACUACAUAGUCCAUUUCCACGACUCCACCAAAUUCAGUCUCUCAACUGACCUCUCGGCCAUGAAACCUGAAAUCGAAAGAUUUGAAGGCAAAGACGGCUUCUCUCGCUAUCUCUCCUUCCUGCAGGAAUCCCAUCUUCAUUAUGAACUAUCGAUCACCCAUGUCCUCCGGAAGAACUUUUACUCUUUGUUAAGUAUCCUUAGGCCGAGCUUCUUGCGACAUUUGCUGGAGUUGCACCCUUUUGAGAGUGUUUAUGGGAGGGCGAGUAGGUAUUUUUGGACGGAAAGAUGCAAGAGGGUGUUCACGUUUGCGAGUAUGUACAUGGGGAUGAGUCCGUUUGAGGCGCCAGGGACGUAUUCGCUGCUGCAGUAUACGGAGCUAGCUGAAGGGAUUUGGUAUUCAAAGGGUGGGUUUCACAAGGUUAUCGAUGCCCUCGUUGAUGUUGGGAAACGAAGUGGAGUAGAGUACCGUUUGAAUACUCCAAUAUCGCAAAUCUGUCUCUCGGAGGACGGGAAACGAGUAACAGGAGUAACUCUCGCCCAUUCCAACGAAACGCUAACUGCGGACAUUGUGAUCUGCAAUGCAGAUCUUGUCUACGCAUACACCAACCUUCUCCCUACAACAUCUUAUUCACGAGCUCUCUCCAAGCGAGAGGCGUCUUGCUCAAGCAUAUCUUUCUAUUGGGCACUAGAUAAACAGUUCCCCGAGCUCUCUGCCCACAAUAUUUUCCUCGCUGAAGACUAUAAGGAAUCUUUUGAUAGCAUUUUCAAGAAACACCUAAUACCUGACGAGCCGAGCUUCUACGUUAACGUACCUUCACGCGUGGACCCUAGCGCUGCGCCGGACGGCUGCGAUGCCUUCGUCGUCCUGGUUCCUGUUGGUCAUCUGCUGGACUCGGAAUCGGGAGCGCAUGAAGGAACUAAGAACACUUCCAGAAAUCCGACAACACAGGAUUGGGAUGCUAUGGUAUCGGCGGCCCGUAUCACGAUACUCAAGACUAUUGAAUUUCGUCUCCGGAUCUCGCUUGGCCCACAUAUUGUACACGAGGCUAUCAACACUCCACCAACAUGGCAGACGAAGUUUAAUUUGGACCGGGGGGCAAUUCUUGGGCUUUCUCAUUCCUUUUUCAAUGUACUAUGCUUCCGGCCCAAAACCAUGCACUCGAGGUUUAGGAACUUAUUCUUUGUUGGAGCGAGUACGCAUCCUGGCACAGGUGUCCCAAUUGUCCUUGCUGGUGCAAAGAUCAUGAGUGAGCAAGUGUUGAAGACCUGGUGGCCAAAAGGACUACAGAAAGAGAGAAAAGAUGCGACGGAAAAAGAGUUUGUUAGUCCGCUAGAUAGAGCUCCUACUUUCGCUUCGUUAGGCUGGUUUCAUUGGAUGUUGGUGCUCAUACUGGGCCUUGCCACAGCAGUGUUUGGGGGGCUCUUUGGAACUUGUGACUGGGGCAAGGGAGGGUUUGUUGGAGAUUGGUGAGUGGAGCUAUUGGGUUGAAGGCUGAUUUCAGGCGGUUAAAAAUACCAAGAGUUCAACUUUGGAGCCGAUAUGCGUUUAUAAUCCACCAACCAUAAUUCACUACACCAGCUGCGUCGAUUUGAG